AGGGCGCGGCCGCGGCGACCCCCAGUCUGCCUCGGACGCCGGCGGCCACCACCGGCGCUAUCCGGGCCACGCUGACGCCCACCGUACUGGCCCCGCGCCUGCCGCAGCCGCCGCAGAACCCGACCAACAUCCAGAACUUCCAGCUGCCCCCAGGAAUGGUCCUCGUGCGGAGUGAGAAUGGGCAGUUGUUAAUGAUCCCUCAGCAAGCCCUGGCCCAGAUGCAGGCCCAUGCCCAGGCCCAGCCUCAGAGCACCAUGGCACCCCGUCCUGCAACCCCCACAGGUGCUCCACCUGUCCAGAUCUCCACCGUGCAGGCUCCAGGAACACCUAUUAUUGCACGGCAGGUGACCCCAACUACCAUAAUUAAGCAGGUGUCUCAGGCCCAGACGACGGUACAGCCCACCACAACCCUUCAGCGGUCUCCUGGGGUACAGCCUCAGCUGGUUCUGGGUGGUUCUGCACAGACAGCCUCACUCGGAACUGCCACAGCUGUUCAGACAGGGACACCUCAACGAACAGUCCCCGGGGCCAGCACCACCUCCACAGCUGCCACGGAAACUAUGGAAAAUGUGAAGAAAUGUAAAAGUUUUCUAUCUACAUUAAUAAAACUGGCUUCCUCUGGUAAACAGUCUACAGAGACAGCGGCUAAUGUGAAAGAAUUAGUACAAAACUUGCUGGAUGGGAAAAUUGAAGCAGAAGAUUUCACUAGCAGGUUAUAUCGAGAACUGAACUCUUCACCUCAACCUUACCUUGUGCCUUUCCUGAAGAGGAGCUUACCUGCCUUGAGACAGCUGACCCCAGACUCCGCGGCCUUUAUCCAGCAGAGCCAGCAGCAACAGCCACCUGCCUCGCAGGCCACCACUGCACUCACGGCUGUGGUGCUGAGCAGCUCGGUGCAGCGCACAGCUGGGAAAACAGCUGCCUCGGUGACCAGCGCCCUCCAGCCCCCGGUCAUCAGCCUCACGCAGCCCACACAGGUUGGCGUUGGCAAGCAGGCACCGCCCACACCACUGGUGAUCCAGCAGCCCCCGAAGCCUGGAGCCUUGAUCCGGCCCCCGCAGGUGACCUUGACGCAGACACCCAUGGUCGCAUUGCGGCAGCCUCACAACCGGAUCAUGCUCACCACACCACAGCAGAUCCAACUGAACCAGCUGCAGCCAGUCCCUGUGGUGAAACCCACCGUGUUACCUGGAACCAAAGCCCUUUCUACUGUGUCUGCACAAGCAGCCGCUGCACAGAAAAACAAGCUCAAGGAGCCAGGGGGAGGCUCCUUCCGGGAUGACGAUGACAUCAAUGAUGUUGCGUCAAUGGCUGGAGUGAACCUGUCUGAAGAAAGUGCAAGAAUAUUGGCCACAAACUCUGAGUUGGUGGGGACACUGACUCGAUCCUGUAAAGACGACACCUUCCUCCUCCCCGCACCUUUGCAGAGGAGGAUACUGGAAAUAGGUAAAAAGCACGGCAUCACGGAACUGCAUCCAGAUGUAGUGAGUUACGUGUCUCAUGCCACACAGCAAAGGCUGCAGAAUCUUGUAGAAAAAAUAUCUGAAACAGCUCAGCAGAAAAACUUCUCCUAUAAGGAUGACGACAGAUACGAGCAAGCGAGUGAUGUCCGGGCUCAGCUCAAAUUCUUUGAACAGCUUGAUCAGAUUGAAAAGCAGAGGAAAGAUGAGCAGGAGAGGGAGAUCUUGAUGCGGGCAGCAAAGUCUCGGUCCAGACAAGAAGACCCAGAGCAAUUAAGGUUGAAGCAGAAAGCAAAAGAGAUGCAGCAGCAGGAGCUGGCACAGAUGCGACAGCGAGAUGCCAACCUCACAGCAUUGGCGGCGAUCGGGCCCAGGAAAAAGAGGAAAGUGGACUGUGCCGGGCCGGGAUCGGGAGCAGAGGGCUCAGGCCCAGGCGCAGCGGUCCCAGGCGGCUCCGGCGUGGGAACCCCCAGACAGUUCACACGGCAAAGAAUCACGCGGGUCAACCUCAGGGACCUCAUAUUUUGUUUAGAAAAUGAGCGUGAGACAAGCCAUUCACUGUUGCUCUACAAAGCAUUCCUUAAGUAACAGGAUGAGCCGGUGUUUCUGAUGGGAUGCCUGCGGACUUUUUUAUAUAUUUGCAGAUUACGCCUUUUUGUAACAAGCAAACGGGAUAUUGUUUAAAAACAGCCACCUCUUUACAAUGGAGCAGUUUUAUACUCCUGUUUCUAAAUCAGCUCUUCAGUGCGGCAGAAACCAUGUCUGCAGCAGAGAGAAUACAAAGGCCUGUGGAUGCUCUUACAGGACAGCUGACCCGAGCUCAUCCUCGACUGAGUGGCCUUCUUGCCAAACAAGCCAUAUUUAAAGACUGAUGGAAGGAAGCGCUUAGCAAAUAAUUAGCAGUUGCUCAUCCUGUGUGCGUUUUGGUUCAGUUCACUCUGACUCACCCACUAGGUGUACGUCUACAGCCGAUGACCUCAUUUCACUGACUUUACUGUUGUUGUAGCAGUCAGUUGGCGAAGCAAACUGAUUUUUAGACUAUUUAUCACCCCACGCCCACCCUGUCCCUUACCUCCCUUCUACAUGAAAUUCCCCAGGAACACAACCUCCAAGCAGGGUGGUAUUUCUGCUAGUGGAGGCCGGGGCGCAGCACCUGUACAGAUACAUUUUAUUUGCUGCAGUUUGGAAGCUGUAAAGUGGAAGGAAAUGAGAACCUCUUCAGCAUAAAUACAUUUUACUUGCACUGUGUUUUUAGCUCAGAGUGAAAACUUAGAUGAAAUAAAUCAGAGUUGAGAAAAAUCAACAACAGACUGUUUCUCAGUGUGGAUCAAGGGUUGGAAAUGGUUGGUGUAUUUUGUCAGUAAUUGUACAUAAUUUUUGGCACAUAACAUAAAAUGGCUAUGUAAACUAUAAUUAUUUUGCUAAGAGACUGUAUGCAAGCUGUGGCCAACCUUACAGGCGUCCAGAGCAAAGCCCCUUCUUUGUACCUAUUUUUUUAUUACAAAUAUACUAAUUGGUUCUUUAUAUUUUCAGAGGUUAUUGUAUUAAAUUGUCUAUUGAUAGUACUUUUAUGACUGUAAAUACUUUGGCUUUCUCCGUGUGGAUUCUCAUGUUAGACUUUAAUUCGCACGUGUGAACUGAACGCUGAUCAGUAUUUUUUACCAACACCUGAGAACUGUUACACCUUUCAUUUUAUCUUUUAGGAAAUCCCUGUCUUUCCAUUUUUUCAUGUAAAUUUUGCACAGUUACUUGUUCAUAUGUAAAUAUUUUACUUUCAAAAAUGAAGUUUUUAAUUGCUAUUGUUUUAUAUAGGAUUGAAAGAAAAUUAACUCCUUUAUUAAAAACAAAUUUAUCUGUA